AUAUCAUAUGUGUCUACAUCAUCUGCUACUUCUACAUCAUAUGUGUCUACAUCAUCUGCUACAUCUACAUCAUAUGUGUGUGUCUACAUCAUCUGCUACAUCUACAUCAUAUGUGUCUACGACAUUGGCAUCUUCUACAUCAUAUUGUCUAAAUCAUCUACAUCUUCUACAUCAUAUGUGUCUAAAUCAUCUGCUACUUCUACAUCAUAUGUGGCUACAUCAUCUGCUAAAUCUACAUCAUAUGUGUCUACAUAA